GUUCAACUGAAGCGGAUAAAAUUUUGCGCGCAUUUUAUGACGCUACAUUUCACCUUAAUAGGAUGGUGUGAAUUGUACUUGAACAAAAAUAGAGCGUCAGUCAUCCUUGUUUUGUUCAAUGAAGCAGUCGAACAUGGAAUGUAUAUUGAUGCAAGUAUUGGCCAGGUCCGGUGUCAUCAGCGAAACAAUGAUUUCGAAAAAGCUAUCUCUGUUUUGAACUGUCUUUCAGUACGUUACCCUAAUUUGAACAUACCACUCGUUGAAAAAAUGAAAUGUCAUCUUUCUAGUUGGAAUUAUUAUGAUACGAUGGAAACAGCGACAAUGGUUCUCACUUUUGAACCAAGUAAUUUAGAAGCACUUCAAGUGAAAAUAUUGAUGUUAAUAGUCAAGGAUGGAAACUAUGCAGAAAAAGCACACAAAAUUGCCCCAACCAACCCUGAUUAUAUAACGGAGCUAGGAUAUCAAUGCAUUUUGAUGCAGAAAUACAAAGAAGCCACAAAAUGGUUUAAAACUACAUCUAAAAUAGACAAUACCUCUUUAUAUGCUUUAUGCGGAUUGACUUUAUGUCAAGUAAUGGAUACUGGAGUAUCAGAACAAGUCUUACAACAAAUCGAAUUUCUCUCUGAAAUUCAAGGAGAAAACAAAAUGCCUCUACUUUUAUCAAUAUCAUCUAAAAUUCACCAAGACGAUCCAGAAAAAGCGAUGCAGUUCCUGAUAGAAGCAAGUGAAUAUCAUUUUAGAAGUUUGAGUACACUACCUUACGGACUAGAUUAUCUUAGAGAACUGAACCCCGAUUUUUUACUUGAACUAGUGAAGGAAUGGUUGAAAUACUCUCCAGCAGAUCGAGAUGCUGAAAUGAUAUCUACUGAUACAUUCCACCCUGCUCUUCGUCAUAGUGCAAAUAUAUUAGAUGCCGUUAUAAAAGCUUGUCCAGGAUUUGUGGAAGGUUUAUACUUACUUGCGAAGGUUCAAUUUCUUACGGGAGACUUGCUAGCAGCCAUGGAAACGCUUCAUAGAAUCGUCAAUGAGCUGGAAGCAACAUAUACUGAUGCCCAUUUACUUAUUGCUCAAAUACAUAUAGAGCAGAAACACUACACCAAGGCAGCACAAUGUUUGGAAAUUUGCCUAAGUAUAGAUUUCAAAGUUCGUGACCAUGCGAUAUUUCAUUCACUACAGGGUAUUAUUUUGAAGAAUCAACAACUAUAUGAAGACAGCUUGAAAAGCUUCCUUACAGCAAUGAGUAUAUGCGGUAUAAAUCACAAUGGCAACAAUCCAAUGAAUACCUUCAAUAGUGAAUCGAAUAGAAAUUCUCUCAACAUUACGGAUCUACUGGCACUGUAUUUUGAAGUAAUUAACAUGCAUGUUUUAUUAAAUCAACAAUCCGAGGCUUUGAAACUCAUGCAAAUAGUAUCCGCCGAGUUUUCUUCAACAUUCGUGAAAGGCAGGGUGGCAGUAGCAUUAGCUGAUUUCUAUAUGCAGCUAGGUAAUUUCAGAAAAGCUGUUGAUUUACUUGAAACUGUUUCUCCAAAUGAGCCGUAUUAUAUUAGAGCAAAAACUAAAACGGCUCACUUUUAUUUGGAACACAAGAAAGAUCGUUUAGCGUACGCGCAAUGUUUCAAGGAGCUAGUGUCCUCUAAUCCCGUUCCGUCGAGUUACUUGAUGUUAGGGGACGCAUAUAUGCACAUACAGGAGCCGGAUGAUGCAAUUGAAGCCUACAAGCAAGCUCAUAAGUUUAAUUCAAAAGAUAUUUUAUUGAUUAGCAAACUGGGCAGAGCUUAUGUUAAGACACACCAAUACAAAAAAGCGAUUUCUUACUAUCAGGAAGUAAUCGAAACUCCUGGAAAUUCUUCAUUAAAACUAGAUCUAGCAGAACUGUUUCUAAAACUAAAACAAUAUUCCAAUGCUGAACAAAUUCUGGUAGAUGAAAUUGAAUUAUCUAAAAGUGAAGCUGAUGAUAUAACAAGAUUACAAAAUAGAACAAAGCAAUUAUUGCUCCUGGCUAGGAUACGUGAGAAAGCGGGCUAUUUGCCAUCUUCUCUGAACACUCUUAAAGAGGCCAGAGAUAAUCAAUACAAGAUAUUGAAACGGAUGCUGAUGGAAUCGAACUUCGUACAGCAUGAGCAAAAUAAAAUUUUGGUUAUGUAUGUAUCAAUAAUCGCAUUCUUUAACACUAGAUAUGAUUUGUUUUAUUCUUGUUAAGACGUAUAGUCGCCUUGAGCUUAUUUUAAAUUUGGGUAGUUUAAUUGGCAAAACAAACAACCCGAAAAGUAGCCAGCUACAGAUUUGAGUCCAGUCUCUGUGGUAGCUUCUUCGUGAUUUUUAUUGCAUAUCAAAUUGAAAACUUGAUAUUAGUAAUUAUAGUCAAAUAACGUAAAAUUAUGUUAAAAUCAAUAAAAAAUUUUUUACGCAUUAGUUAUUCUUUCACUAUGCAUUAUGAAAAGAAUAAAAAAGAAUUGUUGGACUUUUGAAGAAGCAGGUUACCUUGAGAAAUCUUGGUUGCUAUUGGCUGAUUUAUACUUACAAGUCAGUAAAUUUGAAUUAUCGUCAGAACUAUUAACACGUGUGUUAGAACACAAUAAAUCUUGUACUAAAGCGUACGAACUAAAGGGAAAAAUAUCGGAAAAUGAACAGAAUUACCGAUCUGCAAUUACACAUUAUGACAGUGCCUGGAAAUGCAGUGGUGGAUCAAAACCAAACAUAGCAUACAAACUGGCGCUCAAUUACAUGAAACUAAAACGGUUCGUAGAUGCAAUUGAUGUUUGUCAACAGGUGUUGAAAAUUCACCCGGAUUAUCCAUCAAUGAAGAAAAAUAUUCUCGAUAAAUGCAGAAACAACUUAAAACAUUGAAUAUUCACUCAUUGUAAACCAGGAUUCAAAUUUUCCACUCA